UGUUAGAAAAUCCAGUGUACCUUGGAGGACACGUAAGGGGGAGGAAAACGUGUUUUGUUUUGCGGGAUACACACAGCGCAAGCACCGAUGGAGAGAAAGGACCAUUAGCCAUAGUCCUGGGGAAAUACGCAGAAGCAGUAUUCCAUGUCUCUUCUCUGCCCUGUUAUUGAUGGGAAACCAACUGGACCGGAUCACCCACCUGAACUACAGCGAGCUACCCACCGGGGAUCCAUCGGGCAUCGAGAAGGACGAGUUACGUGUUGGCGUGGCGUAUUUCUUUUCCGAUGAGGAGGAAGAACUGGACGAUCGAUCGCAGUCUGACAGCUUUAAAGACAACAACAGCCCGAGCAAAGACGGUCCGGUUGCGCUCAACGAGGUCGAGUACUCGGCGUUCUGCUGCCAGGAAUGUAUAUACUCCAAACUGCGAGAGAACGAGGACCUGAAUGUUUAUUCGGUGAAAACUUUAUUGACCAUGUGCAAACCCGGGGAUCUACUGGAGUUAGUGGCCAACGCACAACCCCCGCACUGGGCGAUCUUUGAAGGGGAGGACCAGGUUAUUCACCUCUACAAGGGGGAGAUCCGCAAGGACAGCUUGUUUGAGAUCAGCUGCGGUCGGCAGGGCAGGAUAGUGAACAAUCGGUACCGCUACCGACCGCUGCCAGCUGAUUUGGUGAUGCAGAACGCGAGCGGGCACGUGGGGCUCAGCAGCGGCGAGAUUUGCUGGACAAACUCGGAAAGUUUCGCAGCCUGGUGCCGUUUCGGAAAGCGGGAGUUUAAAGCUGGCGGGGAGGCGCACUCGGUCGAGCAGCGCUACUUUCUGAAGGUGCACCUGUCCGAGAGCACCGCGCACACGCUCAUGUUCCGCAGCCUGGAGGAGAUGAUACGCGAGAGACGGCGCGUGGACGCCAGUGGCAUUCUCAAGGAGCUGUCACUGGUGACCGGCAAGGAAUGAGCGCUUGGGACUCUCUGCAUGCCUUGAGCAAGGGCUGCUUACCUUUAUUUCAGGACUUUGGGAGGGUUGUGCGUAUUUGUGUGAACAUGUUUUGUCAAAGACAACGCCCCUUUUGGUUGUGGUGUGAUGGCCCCACUAUAGUCACCCUGUACCCUCAAAAAGGAAAAAGAUAAAACAUAAGGUGUGCCCUUAUCACAGAUUGCCCAUGAACCGAUACAGCCCCCUCAAAUUCGCACCCGAGCCCUGCUGCGGCAGAUGGUGACCACGAUGCGUUCACAUGUCUGUGGCAAGCCGUUUUGACAUUUAUUCAUUACUAACUAGCAUUUGUUUUUGUUAAUAAUAGGCUCAUUAUUCAUCAGAUUAUUCUGAUUUUACUUCUGUUUGAACUACAAAGAAGCCAUUCUGACUAAGCUAGUCAUUACAUAUAAGUGAAAAAUCAAAUGUUAACAGUAUGUAAAAUGUUAAGGUAACAGUUAAGAUCAAUAUCAAUAGCUUUAGUACAGGGCAUUUCAAUUGGCAGCCCGUGGGCCCAAACCAAAUCAUCUUCAUUCAGCCAGAGGGAAGAGUAUGCACAGUUCACUCAUAUGCGUUGAAUUGUUUUAGCACUAAUUAGUUUGUCCACAAGGUGGAAACACUGGCCCAGGCUGUUUUUUCACAGCCAAAAAAAGAAAAGGAAGAGACAUAACAACAACAACCUACUAGAGACCACGAUAUCAAUAGAUGAAGCGUUCACAAGCGUUUGUGUGAGGAUUAUAAGAUAUCCACGAUUAUAGCUCAAACGAGUAUAAAGACAGCAUUAUCUGUCAUAACUUCUUGUGAGAAAUAGUGUAGAUGCUGGACAAAGAUGAUUAUCAGAGUUUGAAAGGCUGCACGUUCAGCUUUUCACAUUCACUGAGCAAUUAGCGAUUAAAUCCAAUUAAUCAUGAUUAAUUACAGAAAAAUAUGUGAUAAAUUAGUUUUUUUUAUUGACUUACAGACAGA